AUGCUACAGAUCGACUACACCGCCGUUGCCAAAUGCGAGGGAAUCUCGGUGAAACAGGCCCAAUGGCGUUUUUGGUGGCUCAAGUCGCAUAUAAGCAGCCAGGAAAAUGCUACUCCUAGCGCAGACACUGAGACUAAGAAGCAGGGUCGGAUACAGAAGGAUAAACAGGAGGGAAACGAUGCUAAGGAGAACAACUAA